GAUGCCUGAUUCCAGGUGUCAAGGAAAAAACUGGAGGAGAGGAAAUGGAAGCAACACAUGUUUAAGCAACACGGGCAUCCAGCACACUGUCUACAUCUGCCCUGCCUCUUCCCUGAAGACACUCAGAAUUCUAUGUUGAAUGAAAAGAAAGGAAGAAUCUGAUAUUCAGGAAAACGGAGAUCUCCGGGGAAGUUCCACGUCUUUUAUCAGGCUUUUUUAUGGAACAACCCCAGGACCAUUUUACCUGAUGAUUACAGCCAGCAUCCCUACUGAUAAUGCUGAGACAAAUAACAGAGAUCUACAAAAACUGGGACAAGACGUCACCAGGAGAUGAGCCUGCCGAGUGGUUUCCUUCUUCUCUUGGACCGAAGCAGAAUUCUGAUGGAACUGCCAAGAUGUUCACGUGCAGACUCCUGGAUUUUCAAAAGACAAAAUAUGCAAGGUUCAUGAAUCACAGGGUUCCACCGAACAAGAGGUACCAGCCUACAGAAUAUGAACACGCAGCUAACUGUGCUACCCAUGCCUUCUGGAUAAUUCCCAGCAUCCUUGGCAGUUCCAUCCUUUACUUUCUGUCUGAUGACCACUGGGAAACAGUUUCAGCUUGGAUCUAUGGGUUUGGUCUGUGUGGCCUCUUCGUUGUCUCCACCAUCUUCCACAUCAUCUCCUGGAAGAAGAGACACCUCAGGACCGUGGAGCAUUGUCUGCAUAUGUUUGAUCGGAUGGUGAUAUAUUUCUUCAUCGCUGCAUCAUAUGCCCCCUGGCUCAACUUGCGGGAGUUGGGCCCCUGGGCCUCUCACAUGCGCUGGAUUAUCUGGAUUAUGGCCAGUGUUGGGACCGUCUACGUCUUCUUCUUCCAUGAGAGGUACAAACUUGUGGAACUCCUGUGCUAUGUUGUAAUGGGAUUUUUUCCUGCUCUGGUUAUCCUCUCUAUGCCCAACAGAGAUGGAAUCUUGGAGCUGAUGGCUGGAGGAAUCUUUUACUGCUUCGGGAUGCUGUUCUUCAAGAGCGAUGGACGGAUUCCCUUUGCUCAUGCCAUCUGGCAUCUCUUUGUGGCAUUUGGAGCAGGCACCCACUAUUAUGCUAUUUGGAGAGAAAUGUCUCAUUACAGAUCCCACCAUUAAUGUCUUCUGGGAAAGGAGAAACGUAGGGACUUUAUGUGUAAAGACUGUGAUUCCAAGGUCCUGAAAAGUUUUGGAACAGCAUAACUCACCUCCAGUGAGGAAGCUGAGCCCAGUGCUCACGAAAGCAACUAGAGUCCAAGACUCCUGCUGCUCCGGUCUUGGAAUUGUCCCUGAAUUUGAAAAGAACAAACGACCUCAGGUAGAAUUACGUUGUCCCUUGGUGGUUCUAAUCAGAGCAGAAUAACACCCGAGCAGGAGUUUUUGCUGCUGUCUGGUUGGGGAGGUUGCCCAGAUCUGUUGAGACCAAGCAAAAAAUGACUGCCACUUGGUUUUCUUUGAGAUAGCUAACACUGUUCUCUUCCUCCAGUCUUUAGAUAACACCAUUGAAGAGGGACAUCUUCUCCCUGAAAGAACCUUGCUAUCCCCUGAGGAGAUUAAGGUUCCUUCUCAGUAUUUGUGCCAGUUUGUCCCUCUAUGCUGCUGGGAGGUUUUGGGUAGAUUCAAAAGAAAACAUGCAGUCAGUGAUAUAGAAGCAUUUGAGGCCUGUGGAUAAGAGCUGCAGGAUGACUUCAACCAGGUCUGAAAUGUUCUGGGUGGGAAAUUGUGGGUAAAUCUUUCUAGCAGUGGUUGCUGCCUUAGUUUUAAGUUUUUAUUGUCAUAAGAUGAAUGGUAACGAGAGUCUCCUAACUGGGCUAGGAAGUUACUAGUAACCUGCACUUCCACACCAUAUUUUAGGUUUGUAAUAACAACCCUCAGAUAUUUGAGGUCUCUUGUUCUCAAAUGGCAAUAAGUUCUUCGCUUUUAAACAGCUGUUUUUAAAAAGUCAACACUACCUUCGAGACUGAAUGUAAAAAUCAUCUAUCCUGACAGAGCCUCUAGAUGCAAAAAAUGCUCUGAAAUCCAGACAGAAAAAUCUUCCAGAUAUUGGCUGCCAUCAUCCAAUUUCAUGAGCUAGCUUCUGUAUUGCUGUAAUACCUCAUGUGGCAACUAGAAGGAAUGGGGAGCCGCACCCAGAGAACCUGGACCCCAGCAUCCUUCGAAGAUUUAAUCUAACGCUCCUUGUUCUUGGUCUCCAAAUUGGAGAACUCAGCGUCAACAAAGCCUUAUACCUAAUUACACUUGAAUACAUUCCAGGAUUAUUUCAAGUCUCUGAACUCUGGAAUCCCUUUUUUAUCUAAGCCAGUAUUAAGUAUUCUUGACACAUUCCAAGUAGAUAAGGGUCCAGGGCUCAGAGAAACGUUUGUGAUACACUUUGUUCUUCAUUCUCUAUUAUUUUUUUUCCUGCCAUUGGUCAGCAGAGAGCUCUCAGUUUACAGUCAGUGGCUGAUCUUCCCCAGAUGAGGAAAAUAAGUCAACUCAACUCAAUUUAUCCACCUCGUGGGAUCCAGAUUCACUCCAUGGCGGUGGUGUUUGGUCUGGGAGCAGAAAGAGGAGCCUAAUAUGAGAUUUUUAGGGAAGGUAAAAGCUAGAUUGGAUUCCUUUCACUUAGUAGAUUCUUUGCAUCCCUGGGCAUUAACCCCUGAUUGUCAGAGAUGUUCAGCAUCCUGUUUGUCCAUUCACCAUGAUAGAAAUCUUUUUAUUGCCAAACAUAUUUUCUCUUUCACCUUAAUGAAUGAGAAGUUAUCCCUGGCCAGUCCAGACUAUGGAUUGAAAGGGAGCCAACAUCAGAAUAAUUUUUAUUAAGCAUCUACCAAACAUGGCACUGUGCUAGGCAUCAGUGCUUAGAACAGUGCAUUGCACAUAGUAAGCGCUUAACAAAUACCAUUAUUAUUAUUUAAUAAUUAGACUAAAAUGAAAUCUAAUCCUCUUUUUAAAAUUACAACUUAAAAUGACAAAAAUAUGGGAGUACAGAAGUUUUGUAAUAAAAGGUUGCAGGGGCUUGGACAAACUAUGGGAUAGCAUUAAAGGUCUCCAGGCUAAUUUCCCACUUGUUUCCCAAUUGGGACAAUAUGAUUUUUCACUUUUCAUAAGUAGCUAGUUACACAUUGUCCCACUUAUUCCAUCAGGGUAGGUGCUGCACCUUUUGGAAUCACGUGACCAUGGAUUCCAGGGUGACAUAAAUUGCCUUGUUUCUAUUUCGUGGGUUGGUGGCUGGGCAACUACUUUUAAAAUAAGCGAAUUUAAAACAGUCUCCCAUUUCCCCAUCUCUUGUAUGGUCCCAAGUCAGAUGACAGCAAGUAAAUGAUUCGAGAAGAUGGACCAGUAGUUUGGGGGCUUGAGGUAUUUUGUUUGUUUAUGGUAUUUGUUAAGCGCUUACUAUGUACCAGGCAUUGUUCUAAGCACUGGGGUAGA